AUGCAAAACGACUGGGAUGGAAUGUACCAAAAAUGGUUAGAUUUUCAGCUCACGUGGGACCCUUCCGAAUUCGAUGGCCUAAAUAGUGUUGCACUUCCGUCAUCCAUGCUAUGGAAACCUGAUAUCGUUCUAUUCAACAAUGCUGAUGGCAAGUAUGAGGUGUCCUGGAAUCCAAAUAUAAUCAUCCACGACAAAGGGGAAACAUUGUACGUUCCGCCCUCAAUUUAUAAAAGUUCUUGUGAAAUCGACGUGAACUACUUUCCUUUUGAUCAGCAAACCUGUGACAUGGAAAUAGGCAGCUGGACGUAUAAUUCCGAGGAGAAUCUCUGCUUAUUUAUUCAAUUGUUCGUUAUAAAACAGGUUAAUUUCAAAUUCUUUAACAAUAUGACCCACAUGGACUUGACUGACUACGUCAAAAGUGGUAGCUGGGAUAUUGUUGACACGAGCGCUGAGCUACGUGACAUCUCCAGGAGACAUGAGCAUGACGAGACCACUAAAGAGGAAGAAGUGGGCGAAUUCAUAAGGGGGCGGCUGUCAAUUGGAAGUCCUCCGAAAAAGAAUCUUUUCUUCACGGUGGUAAUUCGCCGAAAGCCGCUCUUCUACUCCGUCAAUCUGAUUGUGCCCUGUGUCCUGAUAGCGCUACUCAGUGUAUGUGUCUUUUAUCUGCCUUCUGAGGCCGGCGAAAAGGUCACUCUGUCCAUUAGCAUUUUGUUGGCUCUUGUCGUAUUUCUAUUGCUGGUGAGCAAAAUCCUGCCAGCUAAUUCAGUCACGCUACCGUUGAUUUCAAAGUUUCUGCUCUUCACAUUCAGUAUGAAUUUCAUUGCAAUUGUGGUCACGGUAGUCAUCAUAAACUGGAACCACCGCAGCCCACGAACCCACCCGAUGCCACCUUGGGUGCAUUUUCUAUUUAUCAAGACCUUCCCCAAGCUGUUAUUUCUCAAGAGGUUAGCAGUGAACCUAAUUUGCUCCUAUGUUACUGAGAAAUGUAGAAUGAAUUAA